AAAACUAAGGAAGGGAAGACAAGCUACAGAAGGCAGCGAAAUAUUGAUACGAAAAAUAAUAAGAGCAAAAAUCAUUCACCACGGCGACCAUAACGAACUCCGCCCUAGCAAUGAGCCAGCUGGGCACCGUCUACGCCACCAAGCGAAGGCGACGCAACGGCAAGAGCCUGAAGCCGCCGCCCAAGGAUGGCGUCACAAAGAGCAAUCCAUCAAAGCGGCAUCGGGAGCGCCUCAACGCCGAGCUGGAUCUCCUGGCCUCCCUCCUGCCCUUCGAGCAGAACAUCUUGAGCAAACUGGAUCGACUGAGCAUUCUAAGGCUGUCUGUUAGUUAUUUAAGAACCAAAAGUUAUUUUCAAGUUGUUAUGCAUAAGGAUAAGGAGGAGAACGGAGUCCUGCCCCACAUACACGCACACGACGGCUACAGGACACGAGAGCUGGGCGCCUUCGAGCACGGCCUGCUGGAUGGUGAUAUGUUCCUCCAGGCCCUAAAUGGAUUUCUAAUGAUACUGACAUGCGAAGGCGAAGUCUUCUUUGCCACGCACAGCAUCGAGAGCUAUUUGGGUUUUCAUCAGUCGGACAUUGUUCAUCAGUCGGUUUACGAGCUGGUCCACUCAGAGGACCGUGAGGAACUGCAGCGCCAGCUGCUGUGGAAUAGCUUUCUGCCCGCGGAUAUGUCCAGCAUGCAGCUGGCGGAGACCCUGGCGCCCGACAAGGCCCUCUACCUAGAACGCAGCUUCACCGUCCGCUUCCGAUGCCUGCUGGACAACACGAGCGGCUUCCUGCGCCUGGACAUCCGCGGCAGAAUCAAGGUUCUCCAUGGACAAAACCGCAAGACGGAGGAGCCGCCGCUGGCCCUCUUCGCCUACUGCACUCCCUUCGGCCCGCCCAGCCUACUGGAGAUCCCGCACAAGGAAAACAUGUUCAAGUCAAAGCACAAGCUGGACUUCUCCCUGGUGUCCAUGGACCAGCGCGGCAAGCACAUCCUGGGCUACGCGGACGCCGAGCUGGUCAACAUGGGCGGCUACGACCUGGUGCACUACGACGACCUGGCCUACGUUGCUAGUGCCCAUCAAGAGCUCCUGAAGACCGGAGCCUCGGGCAUGAUCGCCUACCGCUACCAGAAGAAGGACGGCGAGUGGCAGUGGCUGCAGACCAGCUCCCGGCUUGUCUACAAGAACUCCAAGCCGGACUUUGUGAUCUGCACGCACCGCCAGCUGAUGGACGAGGAGGGCCACGACCUCUUGGGCAAGCGCACCAUGGACUUCAAGGUGAGCUACCUCGACACGGGCCUGGCGUCCACCUACUUCUCCGAAGCGGACCAGCUGGUGGUGCCUCCGAGCGCCUCCCCCACGGCCCACGCUCUGCCACCACCAGUGACGCCAACGCGGCCCAACCGCCGCUACAAGACGCAGCUGCGCGAUUUCCUUUCCACGUGCCGCAGCAAGCGUAAGCUGCAGCAACAGCAGCAGCAGCAACAGUCGCAGCAGACCUCGCCCCUGGGUGGCCCGGUGGGCUCCCCUUCGCCGGCGGUGGCCGUGGAGUACUUGCCCGACCCGGCGGCGGCUGUGGCGGCCGCCUACUCCAACCUCAAUCCCAUGUACACCACCUCGCCGUACGCCAGUGCAGCCGACAACCUGUACAUGGGCAGCUCUAUGCCGGCCAACGCCUUCUACCCAGUCAGCGAGAACCUCUUCCAUCAGUACCGGCUCCAGGGCGCCGUCGGCGGCUACUACACGGACUAUCCGCACUCCGGUGGACCGGCCUCGGCGUAUGUGGCCAAUGGCUUCCUUUCGUACGAUGGCUAUGCCAUCGCCUCCAAGGCAGACGACAAGUGGCAGGAGACGGGAAAGUACUACAGUGGCUAUAGUAGUGGAUACGGAAGUCCCACCUCCACGCCACAGCAAAUUCCUCUGAAGACGCCGAAGUCCUCGCCCCAGGUAAUGGAAGUGAUUUCCUGCUCCUCGGACGGUCCUUCGCCGGUGGGUGGAACCACUCCCAACGGCGUUGGCAAUGCCACUCCCAAAGUGGAGCUCUCCGCCUCUACAGCCGGCGCUGCUGCUGUGGGUCAGGAUCCCUACGAGCGACAGACAGUGCUGAUGUGGGGCACCACCCACUCGAGCGGCAUCCCGCUGAACAGCCUGCAGGGCGGACGCACAGGCUCGGGUAAUCCGACCUCUCCCCAGCGGACUACGCCCCUCACCAACGGCUUGGGCUAUGCCGCCGCCAAUAACAACAACAACGAGCAUGAGCCGGCGACAGCGGCCAAGUGGAAUGGAACGAAGGAGCUGCCGGGAAAAUCGGCCAGCGCCAGUACUCCGGAGAGCUAUCAGUUGCAGCACGAUGACUCCGGGCUGUACUCUGCAUCCUCACACACCACCUCGCCGCAGCAGCAACAACAGCAGCAGCAGCCACGCGGAGUGGGUUCCAAUGUUAGCGCCUCCAGCAAUUCCCUUCCACACCCAGUUGCGGUCACCGGAGCCACGGGCAACAACACCACGGGCACUGAUCACCAGCCGGUGCACCCGCCGAGCUGCCACCAGCAGCAGCAACAACAACAGCAGCAGCAACACCACCAUGCCCACCCGCAUCCUCACUCGCAACAUAACCAUCAUCACCACCACCACGAGGUGGCGCAUCAGCACGGCAGCGAGAUCAUACUCGCCACACAUCAGCAGCAGCCGCAGCAACACCAGCAGCAGCUCGGCAGCUACCCGCUGCACCACCAGAUGGGAGUGGGAGUCGGAGCUGGAGCAUCGCCCCCGCCGCCGACGUCCCGCUCGCCCGUGGCCCUGCCGGCGGUGAGCAGCCUGCUCAAUGGAUCGGCGGCCGGAGGAUCCGUAGAAGCCCCCUACCAGCAACUCGGGCUCGUGUCCGCCCCGCUGGUGAUAUGCGCCGAGGAGGUGGGCCUGGGCAGGAAGGCGGUCAAGCAGCACGUUGUCCAGCACCAGCAGCAGUCCCUCCAGCAGCAGCAUGCUCUUUACCAGCAGCAGCACUCGCAUCACAACCUGCUGUAUCCGGCCAACAUAACGGCGCACACGGCCCUGGCCUAUGCCCCGUCCACCGCGGGGGGCACCUACGCUGACGGCAGUCCCCUGCUCUCGUUCUCGGAGGUGACCAACACGCUGCUGAACCAAUGAGCCGGCAGGAUCCACCCGAGAAAACCAGAGGCAGCUAAGGCAGAAGGUGGAGGAGGGAGCACAACCAUGUUCAACAGUUUUGCCAAAAUGUGGACUAUGACUAUCGUAUCUUCCAUAAUCUGAACCAGCACGGAACCAGGAUAAUAGCCAGCGCACCCCACUCCUUGGUUGAUUUUUCCAGCUAGCAGCGGCAGUGGCAGCGGCAGCGAAGAAUUAUGUUUAUUUUACUGUGAUAAUUUAUAGAUACAUUGCCUGGGUUUUAAAACAAAUCCUUAAACAAAUCCGAACGAAAUAGCCGCAAUACCCGCGUAUCCACAGCUCCAAUGUCAAAUGGGGUCAAGGUACUGCGAUCCUAACCAGCACAAAGUUGCGAAGCGAUGCCCUCGCCGCGACCCUCAAUUCAGUUGUAGUUGCAACCAAAGAUUUCUCUUAAAACUAUCAUUUUAGCAUAAUGCGGUGCAUCCAAUCCAAUUAGUUACAUUCCAGUUACACUCGGGAGCAGAGUAGGAUGAGCACAAGCUUGUGCCCACUUUCUGCGUCUAGGAGUGCUUAAGUAUAUGUAGCUCUAAGGGAAUAACAGAUGCUUGUAUCCAUAUUAAAUUAAUGUAUCUUUAGGCGUUUAGGGUAAUGCAAGAGAUAAAGUAAUUUUCAUGAUUCCUAUCGUUUAGCAAGUAAUCCAAUUAAUCCGUAAGCGGACAUAUCCGCACCCUUGUAUUGUAUUUUAUUGUUUAAACUUUAAAGUUUUCUUGGAAUUUCUAGUCGCCCGCAUAAAACAUUAACUUAUAAAUCAAACAAAUAUACGAUAUUAUAUGAUAUAUAUACUUUGAUAGUGUAAAAUUUCGCAAUUCGGCAGGCAAUACUGUACUGUAGCUCGUACUACUCGUAUAUUGAUAAUUGAAUUUUGUUAACCAGCAUGGAUGAUAAGCUAUCAAAAUUAACGCAUUAUAUUCUAGAAGUCCUAUACAUAUAUCCGAGCAAAAUGCAAAUCAUGAAUGUAGAUACUCUCUCAGCUAAUAACGGAAAAUCGUAUAAAAUUUCAAUUAUAAAUUUACGAAAUAAAUCUCGAGUGCAUGUAAAGCGCGUCUAUCCAAAACAAUCAGAGCAAAAUUAAUCU